AUGCCUAUGCACCAGGGACUCCUCCCACGCGAAGGCUUCUGUGCCGACGUCGUGGUAAGAUUAAUUCGACAGACAGCUCUCAACCCGGCUCUCAUCCUACCUCUCGUCUUGCUCGCCCGCUUCACUAAAAAGGGUCAAGACCUCUCAAUCCUUCAUCCAAGCGCCGCAAAGAACCUGUCGACUCUACUCUAUUUUGGCCUCGCACGAUGGGCCAGCAGUUGGUUGUCCGAGAAGACGAGAAACAACUGGGUCAAAGACGAAUAUGACUGGAAGCGCGAGAUUGUGCUCGUGACGGGAGGCGCUGGAGGCAUUGGCGGUCGAGUUGUCAAGUUGUUUGAGGAGAUGGGCGUCAAAGUGGUUGUGCUUGAUGUUCAGCCUAUGUCUUUCACUACUGCGGCCAACGUUCACCACUACCAAUGCGACCUUCGUUCUCCCGAGAACGUCGAGGCUGUCGCCGAAAAGAUCAGAGCUGAAGUUGGACAUCCAACCGUCGUUAUCAACAUUGCUGGAGUGGCCAGAGGAAAGACGAUCUUGGAAUCUCAGCCAAGUGAUAUCCGCUUCACUUUCGAUGUCAACGCCUUUGCGCCGUUCUGGACAGCAAAGACAUUUCUUCCCAACAUGGUGGAAAACAACCACGGCAUGUUCGUCACUUUAACCUCUUAUGCAAGCUGGUUGACCAUCCCUAACCUCGUCGACUACGGUGCUUCAAAGGCUGCUGCCCUGGCUUUCCAUGAGGGUUUGACUGCUGAGUUGGCUACGAGAUACAAUGCUCCCAAAGUCAGAACCGUUAUCGUUCAUCCAGGCCCUACCAACACUGCUCUCUUCAAGGGCUACUACCAGAACACUGAUUUCUUCAUGCCGCCCUUAGCCCCUGAGACGGUGGCUGAUGCUGUAGUGAAGCAGGUUCUUAGUGGACGCAGUGGUACUGUCAUCGUUCCAGGUACUGGAAGUAUACUAGCUGGUCUACGCAUGCAACCGGACUGGUAUUCAAUUCCUGUGAGAGCGAAGGCGCAGUCCUAUAUGAAGAACUUUAGUGGUCGUCAGGUCAUUGAAGAUGUGGACGCUUCUUAUGAGAAAGAUGGGCGUGAGAAGGAAGCUGGUGAUAAUGCGGCCGAGAGCACGGUGCUCGUUUCUUAG